GCGCGAUUUUCGGUUUAACUAUACCCAGGUCCUCCUGCCUCUUCCAUAUACCUUAUUCCCUAAAUAGGCCUUAAUAAAUCCCUUAGAACCAGAACCAAGAGUACGCAUAGCCGCAUACGAGUUGUUGAACAAAUAAACUCACAACUAGGGAACAAAUAGGGCAUUUCCACUCCACCCGCACAACAAAUGAACUGCUCACAACUUACUGCUUAGAACUUACUGCUUAGAACUAGCAGCUUCAUUACCAGCUGUGGAAGAAACAUCAUCAAUUCCUUGAACAAAUAAAGAAAACAUGAUGGCGAGUGGUACUCUGGGUCGGGUCGACUUCUUAUACGACGGUCAUCUCAACAACAUGAUCAGCGCACAAAACGGAGCUCCGACGGAGAUAUUAAAGCAAAAACAAGUAGUUGUAGGUCUCUCCACCCCAGCCGACGCCAUUCCUGCGAUUCUCAACAGCGUUCACAAAGCCUGGCAGGACUUUCUGGUGCAACGAAACCAAGUGAGACAUGUGGGACAAGGAGAACUGAAGGAGAACGAGCAAUUCGUUUUCACGGAUGCAAAUUUCUAUCGGAGUGGGAAUUAUGGCUUUCGCUUUCUCUACUAUAAUUGAUUCUACUUAGCUGCUUUUCAGGUGCUGCGAGCUUGCUUAUUUACUGCUGCUUUCAGCCAGAAGCUGCAUAUAAUCCUUGAAUAUAUGUUCUCGCUCAUGGUCUACUUCACGGCGGUCCAACUCCACCAAGGAUAAUUUUUGUUCUUGCUCCUACUUUCAAUCAACAUGAUGCAUUUAUUUAAUUUUUAUGUCGAUAACGUACAGGAGUCUUCAAGUAGAACAUGAUUGUUCUGCUCUCUAAGUGAAAGAACGCGAGCAAAGCCUGGAUAAGGUGAUAGAGGAGUUCGAGAAUGAACGUGGUCGUGGAACCGAGCGACCUGAAGCCAGGGUCACUACCACGAUAGUACGACAAGGGGAACCACCAGAACGAUUUGAAGCAGACGGAACACGGAAGAUACUGAAUCCACCUGGACUUAAAGAUAAGGGAAACUACGAUGGCACAACACCUGCUGAUGAGACUGCUGAUGCUGAGAAAGCUAAGGAUGCUACAGGAGGUGGUGGGCAAGACGGACACGGUACUAGUACAACGGGUCGUGGUACUGCUGAGACCGCCACCGCUUCCGCUAGUGCUCAGCCUCAGGGUGAAGAAGUAGUAGAGGAUCCCCCCAAGAAGUUGUUCGACGGUCGUGUGAUGGAGAAAGCUCGAGAAUUGAGCUCAAAAGCGCUGUUUGUUUUGGAAGGCGAAGUAAGGUCAGCCCAGAAACUUUUGAGAAGGAUACUGGAUUCUGAGGAGAGCAAAAAUAAUACUGCUGCAACAGGUAGCACGCGGCCUGCACAGGAACUACAUUCACACUUACCACCCAAUAAUGUCGUGGAGGAAGUGGAUUGGGUAGAAGUAUAGUUUGAUUUUGACAAAAAGAGGAAUCAAUUACAACGAAGGACAUGUCAUGCACAG